AUAACUAGGUACAUAAGACCUAAACUAACGUACAUUGGGUAGGUAGAGGUAGUUACAUUACACGUAUCAAGUCCAUAUUCACAUCCAAAAGAGUAUAUUUUUUAUCCACAUCCUAUUUCAUUGGUAUCCACAUCCAGAUCAGUUCUAGCCAGCUCUUAGACAAAAGAACCCAUUCCAGCCAGUCAGUUCAAAAACACGAAAAACUAUUUUUCAUCGUCUACUGUUUUUGUAUUGAAUUCUAUUUAUUGUUGCACAUGCAAUGGAAGCAAAUUUAGAUGUAUGCAGGCUGUGCCUAGCCACAGACGUGCGUUUUAUUACAAUAGCAGAUACCCCUUUACAGCACGUGUAUGAGAAAAUUACAAAUACUGAUUUAUUAACUUCUGAUAUGAGGCCAGUGUUAUCUUGUUACAUCUGUUAUGCACAUUUAAACAAGUGCCACAUGCUAAUGAUCAUGUCUGCAAAAGUUGAAAAUGUACUCACAGAAAUGUUUCAACAAAAUAUUAUGAUCAACAAUAACACUGUAUCCCAAAUAGAUAGGGAUUUGAAUGGUCUGUGUUCAUUAGCGAGUUUCAGACCAGAUUCAAUAGACAUUCUACCAAGUGAAGAUGAUAAAAAUGUUGAAUUCAAGACUGAGCCCGUCUUUGAAGACACAGACAUCCUACGAAAUAUGGAAACUUUCAUUGAUGACGAGCGCGACUACAUUGAGGAAUAUAGACAAAUACAGUGUGACCCAGGUUCUGAUAGGACAAUAAAAAUAGAGGAUGAUAUUAGAAAUGGUUCUGCUACAGUAGAGAAACUGAAAUCUGAGAAACAAGAAAUACCAUUCAAUUUAAAAAAGCAAAACAAAAGAACUUCAAUCAAAGGUAAAUUAAAAAAUAAGAAUUCUGAGAAACUAUCUAAAAAGAAAAGUUAUGACUGUAAUGUCUGCCAACGUCAGUUUAUUAAAAACUCACAUUUGAACAGCCACCUGAAGACUCAUACUGGCGAGAAACCACACCAAUGCCAUAUUUGUGAACGGCAGUUUUCUCAUAAACAAAAUUUGAAUGUUCACUUAAUUACACAUAGCGGUGAGAAACCUUACGGAUGUAAUAUCUGCGAGAAAAGGUUUAGAGCAAAACGUAACAUGCAUGUACAUAUAGCAACACAUCAUAAUGUGAACGCGAAGCCUGGCUAUGAUACUGAUAAACAGUCAUUUAUUUGUGAUGUUUGUCAGCGCGAAUUUUAUCACAGGUGUAGUUUAUAUUACCAUUUGAAAACCCAUUCUUCAGAACGACCGUAUCAGUGUCAUGCUUGUCACAAAGGGUUCAGAGAGAAAAGUCACCUGACUGUCCAUUUAAGAAUACACUCUGGGGAAACUCCGUUCGUUUGCAAGGUUUGCCAACGCAAAUUCAGCUGUUCCGGGAGUUUAGUUAAACAUUUAAGGACACAUACCGGUGAGAAACCUUACGAAUGUAAUGUGUGCCAUCGACGGUUUGCUCAAACGUCGAAUCUGAAUAGUCAUUUGAUGACACAUACAGGUGAGAAACCUCAUGAAUGUAGCGUGUGUCAGCAUCGGUUUUAUACAAAGACGGAGGUGAUGAGACAUCUGCGAACACAUACAGGCGAGAAACCUUUUGAAUGUAACUUUUGCCAACGGCGCUUUUCACGCGGAACACAUUUGAAACGUCACAUAAGGAUACAUACUGGUGAGAAACCUCACGAAUGCCAUGUAUGUCAUCACAGAUUUAUACAAUCAACUGAUUUGAAAGCGCAUUUAAGGACGCACACCGGCGACAAACCAUAUGAAUGUAGUAUAUGUCAAUGCAGGUUCAAUUUGAAGAGUAAAUUGACGAAGCAUGUUGCGACACAUGCUUCUGAGAAAUCUAUUGGUUGAUGGGCAAGGUUGAUAUUAUAUUUACAAGCUUUUAGUCUUGCCCUGCGUGCCCUAACACGCUGCGAAUGUGUGACACCACAGUGGCGUCUUAUUGGUCUUAGCAAAUCUGAUUCGUCGAGCAUGUGGUUUGAUGACUAUCUACUAUCUGUUAUAUGUUCUCAUUGUUUUUCUGCUUCUGCAGCUUUUCCCUUUUAAACUUGAAACACUUAGGCUUUAUGUGGCCGGACAUGCCACAAUACUUGCAAAUAAUUUGUGUCUCUGUGAUAAAAGUUGCAUUGUCAUUUGAAGAAUUGUUUUUUUCUCUGA